UUUGAAAAAGGGAAUUAAAAGGGUACAUUAUAAUUAGAAUAUAGAAGAAGAGAAGGGAGACGUGUCAUUUGAAUGGAAAGUAAAUUAGAAUUAGAAUUAGAAGCGACCGCGUUGACCUGUGAGAAUAGGCGGCAACCUCCAGUUGCCAGUCACAAAGUUCAUCCCAGAAUUCUCUCUUACCCAUUCCUCCAUCUCCCAUCCCUCUCCAUUCAGAUUCAUCAUCAUCAUCAUCAUUAUUCCCCAUAACAAAAAUAAAACCCUUUUCUUUUUCUCUUUCUUUCCCGUCGCCUUCUUUUGUUUUAUCAUUAUCAUAUACUUUCAAAUUCACACACACACACACACAGAGUUUCCAUUUGGAAGCAACAGUCUCCUCUUUUCACCCCAUUCCCUUUUUAGCCCAUAAACGAACUACCAACCUCAAUCCUUCUCCCCAUUUCUUCCAUGUUAUCCAUUUUCACUUCUGAUUAUUCCUUAUUCACAAUCCUUUUCCCCAUAUCUCUAUCUCCUUCUUCACUCACCUUUUGCUUUUGACACCCAUUUCAGAUUCACAUCAUACAUACAUACAAUGACGGGUUGGAGAAGAGCGUUUUGCACUUCCAUUCCUAAAGAUACUGUUUCCAUAGACAUCACCAAUGAAGCUCAAAGCCCCAGAAUCAGCUCUAAAUUUGGGUUUUUCUCUAACCCAUCCACACCUCGCUCUCAAUCCCGCCCACAGCCCCACCACCCUGCAGGCCUCGGUCUCCGAUGUCGAACCUCCGUUGCCACUUCUGGUUCUACCCCUUCUUCCACUCCCAAUAGCCCCAAGCUCACGACCCAAAAGAAAACCAGUACUGGCUCCAGAUUGUUGUUCCAUUUCUCCAAUCCUUCUUCCCCCAAAUCCCCUUCCAGUUUCUCCUUCAUUAAAACCGGCUUACGGCUCUCCAAGAGUAGGUGUGGAAUCUGCUUACAAAGCGUUAAAAGAGGACAAGGAACUGCCAUUUUCACAUCAGAAUGCUCCCACUCCUUUCACUUUCCUUGUAUCUCUGCGCACAUUAAGAAGCAUCGGACUGUGGCGUGUCCUGUUUGCAGCUCUGUGUGGAACGAAGCUCCGUUGCUCGAUGGUCAUAACGCUCAGAAAAAACCAAUCCAGACGGACAAGACAAGAAGUGUAGAAUCGAUUAAAGUCGGAGAACUGAAAUCGAAGCCGCUUAAAGUUUACAACGAUGACGAGCCUUUGAUGUCCACGACUUCCGGUGGUCGUUUCAAUCCUAUACCGGAAUCCGACGAAAACGAAGAUGAUGAAGAACAGGAUAGCGCUGUGGAGUUUCAAGGUUUCUUCGCUACAUCUGCACCACUAGCCUCUCCGAGAUUACCUAGCAUUGUGAAAAAUGUAGAAGUCAGUUUAUUGCCUGAGGCUGCGGUGGUCGCGGCCGGUCGUAGCUAUGAAACCUAUGCGGUGGUGUUGAAGGUGAAGGCUCCGUCUCGAUCUGCGACGACAUCGUCAUCGCCGAUGAAUCGGAACCUUCGUCCUCCAAUCGAUUUGGUAACGGUCUUGGAUGUGAGUGCGAGCGCCAACAGCGUCAAACUCCAGAUGGUGAAACGCACUAUGCGAUUAGUUAUUUCUUCGCUCGGUUGCUCUGACCGCCUCUCGAUUGUGGCGUUCUCCGCCAGUUCCAAGCGGCUGUUGUCUUUACGGAAAAUGACCUCCAAUGGCCGCCGAUCGGCGCGUCGAAUCGUCGAUUUGCUCUGCGAAGUAGGCCAAGGAGCGUGCAUUAACGACGCAAUCAAGAAGGCGGCGAAGGUUCUCGAAGAUCGGCGGGAGAGAAAUCCCGCCGCCAGUAUCAUCCUCAUUUCGGACGGUCACGAUGACCGCGUUGGAGCUUCUUACUCCGGCAACUGCAAACGAUCGUCUCCAAUUGUGUGCUCCACGCGCUUCCCCCACCUGGAGAUUCCCGUUCACGCCAUCUCCUUCGGUGACGGCCCCGCGCCGCCGGAAGACGCAGUGGCGAAAUGUGUUAGCGGCUUGUUGAGCGUGGUGGUUCAAGAUCUCAGACUCCAACUGGGGUUCGUAUCCGGUUCAACCCCCGCUGAAAUCGCUGCGGUCUAUUCACUCUCAUCUCGCCCGACAGCCCUUGAACCCGGUUCGAUUUUCUUAUCGUAUCUCUCUUCUGAAGAAGUCGGAAAGCUAGUGGAAUUGAAAGUGCCAGUUUCGUCGAUUGGGACCCACUCGUUAUUGUCCGUACGAUCUACUUUCAAGGACACGUCAUCGCAAUCACAAGGGCUUGUUUGUUCUAAACAACAUGCAUUGCCAGUACCAAGGCCUCGGACCGUCCGAUCAUCCGGUUCGAACAUCGAACGGCUGAGGAACCUUCACGUCACGAUCCGAGCUGUAGCCGAGUCACAACGUUUGAUGGAACACAAUGAUUUCUCGGCAGCCCAACACUUGCUGUCAUCGGCUCGAGCCCUGCUGCUGAAACAAUCCGGUUCAAUAUCAGCCAGCGAGUACAUAAAAGGCUUAGACGCCGAGUCAGCCGCGCUGAGCCGACGGAAACAACAGAUGCAAAGCCAAAGACAAAACAUCAUUGCAGGACGAGAGGCAAGCCGAAUAGACGAAAAGCUUGAGCAGCUUACGCCAACUUCGGCUUGGCGAGCCGCGGAAAGACUAGCUAAAGUGGCGAUUAUGAGGAAGUCGAUGAAUAGAGUCAGCGAUUUACACGGCUUCGAAGAUGCCAGAUUUUAAUUCAAAUUUUAAGAAGUAUAAAAUAAAAAAUCAUUCUUGAAAAUAAAAAUUAAUAAAAAAGGGAAAAAAAUAUGAUUGGACUAGUGGAGAUGGGCCCGAGCCUAGAAUAUGGACAAGAGGAACAAGACGGCUAGGCCCUUUUCCUUUUUUAAAAAUUUUUUUCUUUUAAUUUUUUUGGUUUUUAAUUUUGGGCAUUGGCAAUUGAAAGGAACAGUUUGGUAAGAGUAGAAAUGGGGACCCAACAAAGAAGAGACUGAAGAGGAAGGGGACUGCUUUGUCUGGAAUCACUUACCAGAAAUUGCAUUAUUUUGAAAUUGAAGUAUCCAAAACUGAAGCACCCCCAUCUCUAUUUGUUUCUUUUUUCCUCUCUGAAUUUUGUAAAGAAAAAAACUUGAAGAUAUAAUAUAGGUUUUAUUAUGAAAUGAACUCAGAACAUGUUCAGUUUCGUACGUUUGUUUCUAUGAUUGUAUGUAUGAGCUGUUAGUUAAUGUUGAAGUGAUUAUGUUGGUUGUUCCUA